CAGUCAUAAAAUAUGUAGGACGUAGGUAUUGUUAAACGCGGCCCGCCCGCCAUUCGGCUAUUAUUCCACGAAUAAUAAAGUAUGAUUAAUUAUUUUUGCUACCGACACUGCUACCACUUCAGACAUUCUGGUAGGGAGCUGCGACCUGCGGUAACUAAUACAUAAUAUUAUACCACGCCGCUGAUCCCGAGUUCAACGGAGGUGCAGAUACCAACUCUGUGCCUGCCCCUUCACACACGCCACUGAUUAUUGGUGAGUUCUGAAAGUCCGCUGGCAGGCUGUCCCCGCGAAGAUCAGGAUAAAAUAUAGUAAAAAUGUCUGUACUUCAAUAUCAAGAGGACAGUGAUUUUGAUAAAGCAUUUAAAAAUUUAUUACAACCUAUUGAAUCAAUUACAAAAAUAGACUCAUGUGAAAUUCUUCAAUAUGAUCUUAUUAAGGAACUGGAUUCAUAUAAAAAUCACUUGAAAAAAUCUCCAAACGGUAAUUCCUCAGUCUUCGUAGAAGCUGCUAUAAUCCUUCAAAACACUUCACUUAUUUAUCAAAAAAGGGUUGAUGCGACAAUCAAUGCCAUGAUGAAUCUUAUUGGGAAAUUUCGAUCUUAUAAAUUAAAUGAAAAUAUUGAUCCAGAUUAUACAGAGAAGAUGGUAGGAAAUAAAAAAAAAAAAAAUGAUAAAAAAUUAAAAUGUUAUUCUUUUUUUGGACCAAUUGAAGGUCACAUUGUUGGAACAUGUAAGUUGAUAUACCAUAGUAUAUUAUUGUUAAAUUACUGUCAUUAAAUAAUAUGAAACUUGCAUUACACAGUGAAAAAUUUUGACUGCAAACAAAUUAAUUUGAGGAAAAAACCACUUGUAACAAAAAUUGUAUUGAACACUAAUAUAAAAGUAGAUAAUAAGUACAGUAAAUUAUUACCCUAUAUUUGUAAUGCAAAUAAAGAAAAUAUUGGAAAAAAAUAUGAAUUUAAGAUAAAUUUUCCAUUGGAUUGUGAUUUGGCUGUAAAUGAAGAAUUUAAUUGUCCCAUCGAAAAAGAUUCAAUAUCUAAAAGUCCUAUCAGUUAUCGAAAGAACAUUAACUCAUUACCAGUGAAUUUAUUGGAUGUUGAUGAAAUUCUUCCAUGUGCUCCCAACUCAGAAAUUAUUGAUCAGAAUGUAUUCAAUGAAGUGUUUGUUACUAACAAAACUUUACAGAAUCCAAUACAUAUGUUAAAUGUUAAUCAAAUAACUCAAAAUGAUGAUUAUGAUGAUGAUCCAAGAGCUCAGGUUUUAAAUUCCAAGUGUAAUAAUUGUAUAAAUAAGCCUUAUGUGAAAAAAAAGGACCAUAAAAAAAAAGAUGGAGAAAUUUUGUCACCUAUGCAUAUGAAUACUGAUUUGCAUCUCUUAGUUGACGAUGUGGAAAUGGAAGAAAUAUUGAGGAUUGGUGAAUCGAAUCAAAAUGUCCAAACUUAUCAAAGAAAUACAAUAGAUUUGCAGAACUAUGAAAAUAAUAAAAUGGAAACGAUGAAUGAACAAUUAGAGAUGCAAAAUCGAGUUCUACAGUGGCAUGAUAAUCUUCGGCCAAUAUUAGAAAAAGAAGAAAAAAUGAUUGAAUUUGAUGUACAUGAAUAUGGAACACGUAUAUUAAGCUGCUUUAAAUCUAUUGGGGAACAAAAGUUGUUCAAAGAUUUAGUUGGAGGGUUAGACAAAGUAGAAGUUGCUCGAUAUUAUUUGUCUUUGUUAAUGAUGAUUAAUACAAAUAAUUUUGAGGUAUCAAAUCAUAUUUCUGGAAAUGAUUUAUUGAUAAAACUAUUAAAAAAGGAGCGCCACCAUGAAGAAUUACAAGUUAAUAUUGGGAAUCAAGUGACCCAAAAUUCACAAUAAAUUAACUAUAUUGUACACAUUUUUUUUUAUUUAAUUUAAUCAUAGCUAUGAUAUUAGUUAAAAAUAAUUAUCUACAAUAAUAGGUUCAUAUGUUUUAUUCUUUGUUAGACGAAAUUAUUAUAA